AUGGAUGCUUCGAAGUUCUCCAACUUCACUAUUGAUUACAUUCUGGGAGAAACGACGCAAACUCAGACACCUGGGUCGGAGAUUCCAACAGCUCCGGCAUCCUUCAGCGGAAAGCUUAAUGCAUUGAACCUGGUACCAUCGUAUGAUUUUAAUGACCAGGCCAGCGCGGGCGCAAUGAUGAGGUUCCAAGUGCACUGCCCAGGAAUAUACGACACAGCUUCUUGUUAUAACACGUUACACUGUUGUGGACUGGUCAAUUACUAUCAAACUAACUUGAACAUGAGUUGCUGUUGUGAGCAGUGUUUUUACGCACUUCCAGACUGCAACAAAGAAAAAAGCUGCAGUUUCCGAACAGUUCAGCAGAGGCAGCGAAACCGGAUUCGAACUGUUUUCACCGAGAGUCAAACGAAACAACUGGAUCAGCUCUUCAGCCUCACCGACUACCCAAGCGCCGAGGCACGAGCAGCGCUCGCAAAAAGCACCGGCCUUAGCGAAGAGACAGUUCGGGUUUGGUUCAAAAAUCGUCGAGCUCGACGAAAAAUACAGAAAAGCACAAGCAGCGCAAUGGGGCCUCACGCUUCAUAAAAAAUCAUC